UGGAACACCGGAGGGGUAUUCGGGACGUUUGGGACACUUUCCGUCGGGAUGCAGGGAGUGUUGCUAGAUCUGUGACAAGGCUCAUCCCCUCCCUCUUCCAGCAGCAGUGACGUGCAACUCUAACUUGGGGAGAAUCCACAGGUCCUACACUCGGAGAAAAAUGGCUCCCUCAAAAUUGAGUUGGAUUCUACUUUUGGGUGGAAUAUUGCUUCUUGGAUUGCCUACUGGAGUGAGACCUGAAACAUCAAGUGAUGAGAUCAAACCGUCAUCUGUAAAAGAAUGCCGAGUGCACAUUGAAAAAGCUUUAGAACAAUACUGGGAACAAAAAGAACCCCCAAAAGAAGGCGACUCAAAUGUACCUGAAUCCGAUAGAACUCCAUUAAACAUUAACGAAGAUAGCAAUGAAGAGGAGGAACCUGAAAUUCUAGAAAGUAAAACACACACAGAAAACGAUGAAGAAGAAACUGAUGAAAGUGAUGAAGAACCUGCUGAUAACGAAGAAAAUGACGAACAUGAUGAAACAGAUGAUGAUGAAGAAGAAGAACCAGCAAACGACGAUGUAGAAGAUGAGGAUGAUGAUGAAUCCGAAAAUACAUCAGAAAAUGAAAUUGAAGAAAAUGAUGAUGAAGAGGAUGAAACCAAUGAGGAAGAAACAGAAGACGAGGAGGAGGGAAAAACUAUCGAUGAUCAGAAUGAUAAUGAAACCGAAGAAAGUGAAAAUGAAGAUAGCGAAGAAAAUGAUACAAAUGAAACGGAAGAAAGUGAUGAACAUUUAAAAACAGAUAGUAAUCAAGAGUCUAAUUUAAGAAAAGACGACGACGAAGCAACAGGGGAAAGUUCUUCGCUGGAAAAUGAAGAGGAGGAAGAAGAGGAGGAGGAGGAAAGCUCCCAAAAUGAAGAGCACGGAGAAGAAAAGGAGGAGGAUGAUGAGGAACAUCAGGAGGAAAAAGAUAAACAGCAGGAGGAAGAAGAUGAACAUCAGGAGGAAGAAGAUGAACAGCAGGAGGAAGAGGAAAUAGAUGAUAUUAAUGAGGCUGAUGAUGAGUUAAAAGAAGGCGCAUUAACUAACACCGCUAGUGAAUCCACAGCUGAUGAAUCAGAAGUAUCAACAGAUCGUCUGGCGGAAAGUCAGGAGGUAACAGGUGAAACUGAUAGUGCUUCAACUGGAGUGGCACCGGAACUUCCUACUGAAGAACACCCCUUUAAGCGGACCGAGGCCGCGCAGGCUGCGGAAGAGACCUCCAACGUAACAGUCCCAGAGGAAGAAACCCAAAAUAUUUCCACGGAUGAAGCAGAGAACCAGACAAUCGAAUCAGGGACCGAAAAUAUUGACGAUGUAGAAGAUAAAGACGACGAUACGAUCGAGAAUAUCUACGAAGAAGAUGAAGACGACGAUUCAACUGCAACGAUGACUUAUCGUAGCCGAGAUCACGUUGAUGCCAUCUUGGGCUUAGAUGAAAUAGGCACGGAAUAUGAAAAGGAAGAAGAAAAGUUAGCACAGUCAAUAUUCCGUGAUAUUAAGAAGAUUGAGCAAACCAUGAUUAAGCCCAUGGAAAUGCUCUUUAAGUAUGCAGACAGUACAUCAAGGAGUCUAGGAGAUGCCGAAAUAUUCAGCAAACCCAUGCUUCUUUUCCUCGGACCAUGGAAUGCUGGCAAAACAACAAUUAUUAAUUACUUACUGGGUGUGGAAAGAACUCCUUCUGCACUGAAAACAGGAACUGGAAUCACAGAUGUAGAUUUCUCUUUGAUCACAUAUGGUGACCAAAGGCGGACAGUUAGCGGUACGGAACUAGUAGCAGACUGGCAUUACGCUGGACUCCAGAAAUUCGGGCAAGGGUUCCUCGACCAUCUCCGAAGUAUCCAUUUACCACACACUCUUUUAAAAAAGGUAACAAUUGUUGAUACUCCUGGUAUAUUGGAAAACCGAAAAAGUACCGAAAGAGGUUACUCCUUGAACGAUGCUUUUCAAUGGUUCAUUGAUCGAGCUGAUGCCAUAUAUGUUGUUCUUGAUCCUUCAAAAGUCGAUAUCGGGGGUGAACUUGGAUCAGUGAUUGAUCAACUUAAAGGGCGUGACGUACGUUUUAUUUUGAAUAAAGCAGACACUAUACGCAGAAGUGACUUGAUGCGUGUGGUUGGUCAACUAUUCUGGAAUUUGUCUCCUUUGAUGAGCAGCACUGAAGCCCCAGUGAUUUAUGCAGUUUCACUUACUACAAAACCAUAUCACCCCUCCGCCCCUGUCAAGUUCCUUGCUGAUCAGGAAAAGAACUUCUUGUAUGACAUGAAAGACACUUUAGACAAACGUGUUGAAAACAGAAUUCUGUACGCUAGGAGACAUGCUGUCAAGGUCAGAAAUCACGCUAACAUGGUAGACUGUUAUCUAGCUACGUAUUACCGACAUAAAUCUAUAUUUAGUAGUAAGAAGAAUGUUGCUAAAUUAAUUACAGAAAACCCAUUAGAAUAUAACAUAUUUGAAGGACUUAGCAGUAUGACAAAUGUAAGCCGCUAUGAUCUCCCAAAUCCUGCAACAUACAAAGAGUUCUUUAAACUUCACCCACUUUAUGAUUUCAAGCCACUCGCUUCAACAUGCAGUUACUUCAGAGGAUGUCCUAUGGACAAAUUGGAUGCAGCAAUUGCAAAAGAAAUCCCAGAACUUUUUGCUAAGUACAAAAAAGCUAAAAACAGCUUUGAUGCUCCAAAACAAGAAGGGAGGUGAAUUAUGGGCCGUGAAAAAAAUAUUGAAGCAAACGUAUUAAUUAAUUCAAAGUGAAAGUUUAAAAAAAUUAUGUUUGGCUGGAGCAAAACGAUUUUUGCCCAGACGCAUUUAGUAAUAACUACCGAGAAUUUCGAUAAGAAAAUUUACGUGUGAUUAUAUAAUUAAAAAAGUGAUCUUUUGCCGCUCAGAGGAAAGAAAAUGUACGCAUUCUGAAGAAGUUGAAAGAGAGAGAGAUCUUUCGAAGUAUUUAAAACAUAAAAUGUUUCAUAAUGCUGAAUAGUACUGUAUAAUAACUUUCAAAAAUUAUAAUACAAAAAAAAAAAAAUCAUUGUUGUCAGUUAAUGAGUAUACAAAUAAAAUGUGAGUAAAUCUUUCGAAACGAGUUUACAAGAAUGCUGUAAGGGGAUAAACAACUGCAAUUUUCAUGAUUUCAAAAAAAGCACAAGCAAUAAUGUGAUAAGAACUAAAUGUUCCAGUAUUGGAAAGUUUACGUGUUCCCUAAUGACCUUCAAAACAAACUGUGAUCUAAGAUGACCAAAUCGUUUGUGUUCAAGUGGUUGGAUGUCUAAAAGAGAGUACAGUUCUAAUUAACCUGGGUUAAUUGAAUGUGAUGCUUAUGAAAUUCUCUAUGAUGAAAAACUAAUUAAAUGUAUAAAAAUUAACUAUUUUCUGUUUAAAUUUUAGUAAUGUAAUGACAUUAAACAUUAUAACUCUAAAAGAUAUUACUAGUAUUUGUGGAAGUAGUCUUUCUGCGUUAGAAAAGAUAUAAAAUAAUGAGCAUUUCUUGGCAUUCAAAUGAAAUGGAACUGCUUAAGUAAACUUAUUGUGUGAUUUUUCAAAUCAAUUAUUUAUAUUAUAACAUUCCUAAAUCUUCAUUUGUGUACAUUCCCAUUAACUGACAACACUGCAAAAAAUGUAAACAUAUGCUUUACCUUAAAUGCAGCUUUGAGACGCAUCAUGAAUGUGGAAAAUGUACGCAUGCGUGAUGUUAACUACGUGGGAUAAAAUUUAGUAAACUUCACAGUCGGGGGGGGGGGGGGGGGGGAGGUCAAAGAUUGAAGUUCAGCUGAGUUAAAUAUACACAACAUGUUCACGAUAUUUUGUCUGAUUUUGCUAAUAAAAUAUAUAAGUACUAGUUGGACGAUAAAAUAUAUUAUCAAAACAAUUCUAAAAUUAAGAAUAAAUAAAUUGCUAUUUGAAUCAAUAUUGUAAAUGUUUCAUUUCUACUUUGCGAGAAUUAUUUUUAUACGACAAACUCAAUCUCGACACUGUUAUACUACAGAGUAGAUAAAGCUUCUUGAAUACUAAAUUAAACAUGAUAAAUAUC